CUGGCCGUCGUCACUCUGGCCAGGGUGGCCUCUCUAUGGUCGUGGCCUCCGGAAGGGGGCGGGCGUCGGCUCUGCGGCUGUGCGGCAGAGCAGUCUAAGCCAGACAGGUCGGAAGAGAGCCGGCCUGGGAGGGCAGGAUGCGGGCUCCAGGUGCGGGUUCGGCCUCCGUGGCCUCACUGGUGCUGCUGUGGUUGAUCGGACUGCCGUGGACCUGGAGCACAGCGGUGGCGCUCGGCGUGUACGUAGGCGGCGGCGGCUGGCGUUUCCUGCGCAUCGUCUGCAAAACCGCGAGGCGGGACCUCUUCGGCCUCUUCGUGCUGAUACGUGUGCGCCUGGAGCUGCGGUGGCACCAGCGCGCCCGCCACACCAUCCCGCAGAUCUUCCAGGACGUGGUACGGCGGCAGCCUGAGCACCUGGCGCUGGUGGACGCGGGCAGCGGCGUAUGCUGGACCUUCGCGCAGCUGGACGCCUACUCCAAUGCCGUGGCCAACCUAUUCUGCCAUCUGGGCUACACGCCAGGGGACGUGGUGGCCAUCUUCCUGGAGGGCCGGCCUGAGUUUGUGGGGCUGUGGCUGGGUCUGGCCAAGGCGGGCAUGGAGGCCGCGCUGCUCAAUGUUAACCUGCGUCGGGAGCCCCUGAUCUUCUGCCUGGGCACCUCGGGUGCCAAGGCUCUGGUCUUCGGACGGGAGCUGGCAGCGGUGGUGGCCGAGGUGAGUGGACAGCUGGGCAAGAGCCUGGUCAAGUUCUGUUCUGGAGACGUGGGGCCCGAGGGUGUCUUGCCGGACACCCAGCUCCUGGACCCGCUGCUGAAGGAGGCCUCCACAGCCCCCCUAGCCCAGCCCCCUGGCAAGGGCAUGGAUGAUCGACUCUUCUACAUCUACACAUCAGGGACCACGGGGCUGCCCAAGGCUGCCAUCGUCGUACACAGCAGCCCCUGCACUCCCUGCCCCUGCAGGUACUACCGCAUAGCGGCAUUUACCCACCACUCCUACAGCAUGCAGGCGGCAGAUGUGCUCUACGACUGUCUGCCCCUGUACCACUCGGCAGGGAACAUCAUUGGCGUGGGUCAGUGUCUCAUCUACGGGCUGACUGUGGUCCUCCGCAAGAAGUUUUCAGCCAGCCGCUUCUGGGAUGACUGCGUCAAGUACAACUGCACGGUGGUCCAGUACAUCGGGGAGAUCUGCCGCUACCUGCUGAAACAGCCGGUGAGCGAGGCAGAAGGGCGGCACCGCGUGCGCCUGGCGGUGGGCAACGGGUUGCGGCCAGCCAUCUGGGAGGAGUUCACGGAGCGCUUCGGCGUGCGCCAGGUCGGCGAGUUCUACGGAGCCACCGAGUGCAACUGCAGCAUCGCCAACAUGGACGGGAAGGUCGGCUCCUGUGGCUUCAACAGCCGCAUCCUGCCCAAUGUGUACCCCAUCCGACUGGUGAAGGUCAAUGAGGACACCAUGGAACUACUGCGGGAUGCCCAGGGCCUCUGCAUCCCAUGCCAGGCCGGGGAGCCCGGCCUCCUCGUGGGCCAGAUCAACCAGCAAGACCCUCUGCGUCGCUUCGAUGGCUACAUCAGCGAGAGCGCCACGAGCAGGAAGAUCACCCACAGCGUCUUCCGCAAGGGGGACAGUGCCUACCUCUCAGGCGAUGUGCUGGUGAUGGACGAGCUGGGCUAUAUGUACUUCCGGGACCGCAGCGGGGACACCUUCCGCUGGCGUGGGGAGAACGUCUCCACCACUGAGGUGGAGGGCGUGCUGAGUCGCCUGCUGGGCCAGACAGACGUGGCCGUGUACGGGGUGGCCGUGCCAGGGGUGGAGGGCAAAGCAGGCAUGGCGGCCAUUGCGGACCCCCACGGCCAGCUGAGCCCCAAUGCCCUGUACCAGGAGCUGCAGAAGGUGCUGGCACCCUACGCACGGCCCAUCUUCCUGCGCCUCCUGCCCCAGGUGGACACCACAGGCACCUUCAAGAUUCAGAAGACGAGGCUGCAGCACGAGGGCUUCGACCCACGCCAGACCUCAGACCGGCUCUUCUUCCUGGACCUGAAGCAGGGCCACUACCUGCCUCUGGAUCAGGGUGUCUACACCCGCAUCUGUUCGGGCGCCUUCUCCCUCUGACGCUCUUCCUCGGCCCACCAGAGACUUUGCACCAGGCCCAGCAAGCGAGGGGGGCUUGAGCCAGACAGCCCUGCCCUGUCCUGGGGGCAGAGAAACUGGAUCCCAGGAGGAGCCUGUAUUUCCCGCCUUCACCCUCCUCCUCUCCCCCUCUGGUUGCCCCCCUGCCUGUCCUCCACUCCUGUGUGUGUGUCUGUCUCUGCGCCCUGCUUCUCGGCCUCCCUCCUGUCCCUGACUGCCCUCACCUCUCUCCUCCAUCUUUCCUCCCCUGCCCUCUUCCUGCCGAAAGUAGAACAGACGUUUCCUGGGAGCUGGGGUCUGUGCGGAGGCCCAGCUGCCUUGGGGGCCUCCGCGGGUCCUCCCCACUGGGUGGUAAACCCGAGUGGGGCCUCUCCACCUCCCUCUCAGCUGUGCCUUAACAAGGCCCACCCAGCCCAGACCUCCCUAGGCUGCUAGAUUCCUGGACGUUGUAGCACUGCAUGAGCUCCAGGUAGGCCCUCCACUCUCCUUGCUGAACUGAGGAGCCGGGGGUGUCUGCCUGGCCAGCCCGGGAGCAGGGGGGCCUCGGCCAGGGGUGCAGGUCAACGGGAAAUUUCUCCCUGGCCGGACCAAUUGCCUUUUGCACUUCCUAUCCCUGGUGGGUCUCCCUUGCCUUGCCUGCCCUUCCUGAUACCCCAGAAACUUCUGGAACUGACUGUGACCACUUGGAUGUUUCCCCUGCCCAGAUGUCCCUGUUCAGGCGUCUCCACGGAGCUUCUGCUGGAGGGGCCCUGAAGAUGGCUCUGGGGGGCUGCUUGGCCCACUGCUCAGACGCUCACCCUGGCAGAGGCCUCUUGGGGAUCCUACCUGGUGUGGCUGCUGGAGGGACACACGGGGGUGGCAGCAGUGGGGUUGGGAGAAGCCUCCAGGCCAGGGGUGGCGUCUGAGAUGGCCUCUUGGGCCUCAGGCGUUCCAGCCUAUUGAACGUCCCGCUAGCCUUGCUGGUGACAGCUCGGACCCUGGGUUGGUGACAUCCUGAGACAACCCUGCCAGGAUGGCUCGGACAUCCCCAUCAGCUUCGUCGAUGGCUCAGCCUGGACACCCACCGUUGGGGCCUGCCACCCAAACUGCCCCUCUGUCCCUGCCUCCGGCAGCACCGUCCCGCACCUAGAACAGCAAGGCCAGUAGCAGGUGACCCCAUGCUGUUUUGCACGGGCCUUUCUAAGCACUGAGAUUUUGUUUCCUAGCUGAAUUUAAGAAAUAAACCUGCAGAGUGUCUGGUG